UUAAGGAGUAAUGUUGCAAUAGCGAGACAUUCAACGCCUUGGACCACGAAGAAGACACAACACAGAGAACAUGGAGAUCCAAACAGAGAACAUACAUGAGAGGAUUUGAGGAAGGAGGUCCGAACAUGGCUCACAUCUACCGGAAAAUGAAGCGACAACACAGCGGCGCUGAUCUGUCACCGACAAAUACCAGACAUCUGCCGGAUUUUGACGAGGAAUAUCAGAAUACGUGAGGAUUUAUUUUUUUUCCGCCAGUGAAAAAAAACAAACAUGGCGACUGCGGCUGUGGGUUCGGAGAAGGGUUCUGCCAUGGAGAGGUUCGGAGGCGGAGGAAUGGCGCUUCUGCCGUGGACCAAACAGAUGCUGACCGUCCUGUGGGAACAGCUCCGGCUGCUGGUCCAGGUCAUCUACUACACCUUCAUGUCCGUUUUCCAGAUGUUCAGGUUUGAGGUUCACGUGAGAAUCACAGACGAGACGGGUCAACACAUCCAGCACAUGAGCACAGCAUCCAACCCGACCGAGUCCUUCCUGUUCUCCUCGCUGUUUGACGGAGAUAACAGUGUCAUGGUCGGCAGUUCCAACUUCUGCGCAGACGUCGGUGAAGCCUUUGCUGGGAAAUCGACCGCGGAGGCUCUGCUGUCGAGUCUGCGAGCCGAGGACCUGUGCUGCGGCAUCGUGGAUGACUUUGUGUCCAGAACAGCGGGCGAGGACGGCAGCGGCAUAUUUCUGGGUCACAAGUCCAGCUGGAAGAUGGGUUUCCCCGGCGACUGGAACAUCUUUGUGUCAAGUGGCGACAGUUCGGGUUCAGACAGCCGUCACAAGAGCGAGAAGGAGAGUUCGAAAGGUUUGAAGCGGGACACGUCAGAGGAGGAGAGGAGCUGUCACUGGAGCAGCGAGGAAGACCAGAGCGUUGUCGAGUUUGACAGCGAAGAAAACAAAGCACUCUGGGAGUCACUGUCCAGGUCCAGCGACCCAUAUAACCCAUUCUUCUUCUCCGCCUGCAUCACAACAAACAGCGACAUGGGCCGAAGUAAAACCGAAGUUAAGGACGGCAGCGAUACGACCAGCGAGGAGCCGCGAGGCCUCGGAAUGUGGGUCAGUCGGUCCGACAGCGAGAGCAGCUGGAGCAGCUGGACCGGCUCAGACUGUUCUGGUCCCGACGUAGACCGGGAGGAGAGCGACAGGCUGUGGGAGUUUUUCAGCAGCCCCGAGGACCCCUACAACCCCAUGUGCUUCACUGCCAGCACAGUCAGUACCACAAAGACCACAGAGUCCAAAGACCAGGACUCUAGUGCCGAACCAGCUUCGAGACCAGACUCGGAAGAGAAGGACGGCAGCUCAGCUCCGUCUCAGUCUGAGGACGACGAAGAGGAGCAGCUGUGGAGGUCUCUGUGUCAGAAGAACGACCCCUACCACCCACUCAACUUCCAGGCCUGUCUGCAGAGCCCCACAGCAGAUCCAUCGAGUCCACCGAAGACGAGCAAAACCAGCAAGAAAACCACAAAACCUGCUCUGACGGAGAGGCCGGUCCAGCAUCACUGCCACUCAGACACGACCCAGGUCUGCUGGAGAAGACCUGGAUUCGCAUCUCAACAAGCAACACCUGAGCCUAAGAAGACGAGUAGAGACCAGAAAAAGGUGACUUUCUCUCCCGAGGUCCAAGUCCACGUCAUGAGGACUUGGCCGUUCGCUUGUCGGGCGUCUCGUAAAGGUCACUGGGAGGAGCUGGCUCGGGACCGGGAGCGCUUCCGGAGGCGGAUCCAGGACACGGAGCGGGCCAUCGGACACUGCUUCAGCCCGGACCACAGAGAGCGGAUGUGGACGUACGUGGACGGUGCCUUGAAUAAAAACCACGUCCCGACGCUGAAUGUUUGAUUUCACAUCGGAAGCUGCGAUUGGUUGCAAUGCAACAGUGACUGGGACUCUUUCCCACAUUCAUGUUGAACAACGCGUACCUCAAAGGGUUUGUACCAUGUGCACUGACCAACACUUUGUACCGUGUGGAAUGUGUUUGUUUGCCUUAUUAUACACUGACCUGGUAAUGUAACUCAACCUUGUACACGUGUGGACAAAAAAAGUGUGUUUUUACAGUUUAUUUAAGCAUGUUUGACCCAGUGCAAUCCUCAAUGUUCAGUUGGAAGGUUUUAGUUGUUGAUGUUUAAUGUUUUAUUGCACAGAAAAAGCCUUCAGCGCCUUCAGCUGGAAACCUCUUUCAGAUCGUCUGUAGCAGAUUUAGGUGCUUUGUUAAAUCAAUAAAAUUUGGUACAUUGA